GGUGGUCAGCUCAAACAAAUGCAUUACGCGUUGGCCAUUAAAGAUGAGUCGGAUUUGAAUCGGCAGCCAGUUUUGGAUGAGGCGAGGGGAGAAAAAGACCUCCAGUGAUGUCAUGGGGAUAAAUAAUGCACAUGCACGCAGCGUGUUCGUGCGAGCUGAUUUCCCCUCUGUUUACUCCACCGCGUGUUUGUCCUCCCCUCUGCGUGAUAUUUUUAAAGGAAACUCUCCAUGUUUGCAGAUAUUUAAAUGAAUGAACGCUCCAGUGCGCGUGGAAGGAGACGCAGAUAAUAGGACCAAGUGAAGCACCUCCCCUUUAAACGCAGUGACUUUCUCUCUGCUUUUCUUUAUCUGCGGGCUCCACGCACUCGCUCGCACUCAUUUGGACCUUUGCCUUCGCCUCUCGUAGGAGUCGUCGCUGGAUUUGUGCCCCACUUUCCCUGUUCCACCCGGAUUAUUGUAUUUUGGGGAAAUACGUUUUGUUUUGGUUUUUUUUUACCCCUUUUGAAUCAGAACGCGUGGAAGUUGUUUCGUGGGCGGACACGAAGGGAGACGGAAUGAAGCGUGCAAAGUGGUUGAGGGGCUGAACAAACAUAAACGCACGUUGGCUGUCUUUAAGCACCACACCAAGUUUGGACGCAAAGCCGCGAUGGCCAAGUGGCUCAAAGACUACUUGAGUUUUGGCAGCAGGAAGGUACCCCCGCAGCCUCCCACGCCGGACUACACAGAGAGCGAGAUCCUAAAAGCCUACCGCCUCCAGAGGGAACUGGACUUUGAAGAUCCAUACGAGGACUCCGAAAACCGGCCCAGGGCCGAAUCUGGGACCUCGGAGCCUGCCACCCCCGUUUACGGCUCGCCCAUGAAGUCCUCCAGCGCGGAUGUGAAAUCUCCUAAACACAGACUCAUCAAAGUGGACUCCCAGGACCUGGGCCGCACCAAGAUCCUGCUCAGUGCCAUCUCUUUAGACGACCAGCAAGAACCUGCAGUGCCGUCUGCUCCGCUGGCGGGGGACACGGAUUAUUCGGACCCGUUUGAUGUUCGCUUGGACCAUCGACCAGAACCGGAUGUCAGACCGGUUCCCUCAGAAAACAAUGGCUACAUGGAACCUUAUGAGGCCCAGCGAGUCAUAACAGAGCUGCAGCGUGGCCCAGGAGGAGGACGGUCACGGGGCGGGCUGCAGCUGUAUGACACCCCGUAUGAAGACGGGCGAGGCCAACGUCCGGGCUUCAGCUUCGGGGAAGCUCAGGAGGAGGGCAAGGAAGGCAGCAGGCUGCCGCAAGACGACGAGAGACCGGCCGACGAGUAUGACCAACCUUGGGAAUGGAAGAAAGAUCACAUCUCCAAAGCUUUUGCAGAGAUGAAAGAGUUGUCAGAGCUGUCCUGGCCUGCCCCGGUGGGUCAGAGGGGGGAGGAGGAGCCCUCCGCUAAAGAGCAAGUGCAGUUCGACGGACCCGAAUGGGAUCGCUCGUCGUCGCCCACCGAGCGCUUGCGUCCUCCAGGGCCCCGGUCCAGCCCGCUGGUGGGCGGGGGGGUAAAGUUUCGAAUGCCUCAGGAGGGCCUCACCAUGGUUGGGGAGAGGGUGGACCCCACACAGCCUCUGGAGAAGCAAGUGUGGUACCACGGUUCACUGUCUCGGUCUGAAGCGGAGUCGCUGCUCACCUUGAGUAAAGAGUGUAGCUACCUGGUGAGGAACAGCCAGACCAACAGAUGCGAUUACUCGCUGUCUCUCAGGAGCUGCCAGGGUUUCAUGCACAUCAAGUUCACGCAGUGCAAAGACGGCAAGUACGUGCUGGGACACAACAGCCCGCCGUUCGACUCCAUCCCCGAAUUGGUGCACUUCUACACCACGCACAAGCUCCCCAUCCGUGGCGCCGAGCACCUGUCGCUGCUCUUUCCCGUGCUGGUGCAGACGCUUUGACUCUGAAAAGUUCUUUUUUUUUUUUUUUUUUUGAGAAACUUCAAACUCAUUCGUCUCGGUUAUUUUUAGACUGGACCUUUUCACCGUUGUACUACUUGUGCCAAGUGUCGCUCACAUCCAAGGAGAUUGAUUCGCAGAGAAGGCAAUACCUGAACUCCGCUCCCUCCCUCCCUCCCUCCCUCUCUGUCUGACAUAUCGGUGCUGAACCAAGGUCGGCGGACUUCAGGACAUCAGAAAUUCUCAUUUCGUUUUUUUUUUUUCCUUCUUGGCCACACAUCCGUCACACCUGAGGAAGUAAGUGGCACCUUGGGAAAAGUUGAGAGAUGCUGAGGUUCUGUUCGCACAGGAGAUUUUUGCCGAAGGUGGAGAUUCAUUUACUGCUGUUCACCCCGCCCCCCCCCAAAAAAAAACCAACUUCAGUAACACUGGUUCAAUAUUCCUCUUGUCAGGUUUUUCACAUUUCUACUAGGAUCAAUAAAUGGAACAAUAGAAGACGA